UAAAAGCUGUGAGUGUUUGGCUGUAGGCAACUCUCUCUAGGCCUAACAACAAAAACAACUAACAGAAGAAUCUGAACUACUUUUGAAUUAUGUUGAACUGAAUACUGACCAUUGGAUUGAAAACACUAGAUCAUUAUUUAUUACUCUAAAAGGAAACAUAAUGAAGAUGGAUCUGGAUUAAAGAAAGUCAAGCACUGAGGCCUGAGGAACAGCAUUUUCUACUUGAAAGGCAGUUUAUCUUUAGCUGAACAUGACAGACUAUGAAGUGUCUGUUCAGCAGCUCAAUGAUCUGUUGACAGACGAAAACGGAGACUUCUGUAUGCCCUCCAAACAUUUCAAUGAAGUUUACCCCGGGAUACUCCUAGGAAAUGAGUCUGUAGCUACAAAUGUAACCCGUUUGCAUCAGCUGGGAGUGACACACAUCCUCAAUGCUGCACAAGGUCAAUCGGACAUGCAUGUGAAUACAGAUGCAGAGUUCUAUGCAGAUACAGGGAUCAUCUACCAUGGGAUACCAGCCUUUGACACUGACCAUUUUGACCUCAGCGUAUAUUUUGAAGAAGCUUCAAAUUUCAUUGAAAGAGCUUUGGCAAUGAAAGGUCUGAAGGGUCUUGGUAAAAUGCUUAAAAUGAAUAUCUUUUUCUCCUCUGCCCGUUCAGUGGCGGUAGUGGUACUGCAUAACAUCCUUCAAAUGCGUCCUCCGAAGGAUGUAGACCCUGAAUUUGGACACAGCCUCAGACGCGAGAUCGGGCCCAAUGAUGGGUUCCUGCGCCAGCUCUGCCAGCUCAACGACAGGCUGGAAGGUGAAGGAAUGCUGGGUGUUGAUAAUACCUAAAUAUAAAAAUAUAAAAUUAUUAGUAUCUAAAUAAAUGUUUGACUCUCGGUUAAUCUGUUUUUAUCAUCUAAAUUUUAGCAGUUGGCAAGAUAAUUCCUUGUCUUUGGUGUCUUCUGCCCUCUAGUGGUACUGAAUUGGUGAUCGUAUGCAGUACAAAGUGUUAAAUUAGUAUUCAGGCACAUAUGGCCUCCUCUAGCUCUGUCUAGUCAAUAUACAUAAGUAUAGUUGCUCUAACACAUUUAUAUUCCUGAUAUGUAUUUGCUAUAAAAUCUAACCAGUCUUUCUCGGUAUAGCUACUUAUUUUGUGCCAUAAUUUCAAGUCCUUUUUGAGUAGCCAAUGAUAACAAAUAAUCAAACACAAGAGGUCUUCACAACAGACAACAAUCAUUUAUUAAACAUUUUUUUAAAGUGAAAAGUAGCACACAUACCUGAGUUACUUUUAAACCCCUCCCACAUGUUUUGCUUUCGUCUGAUUAAGUAUUUUUUGAUUGUAUACCUGCAAAUAGUAUUUUUUAUUUAUUUAUCAAUCAUUUCCACUUUGUCCCUGUGUGUGAAAAUAUAAUCUGAAUUGUUAAAUUGGAUACAGCAUGCAAAUUAAUUGCUCAAAGCAAAUAUCUUGAACAUAUGUACAUACUGACCAAGCCACAGUCCAAUGAUGGUCAGCGGUUUGAGAAUCAGUCAAAAUUGUUGAUUGUUUUUUUUUUUU